CCGGCAUCAGCAUGACUGAAAUAACAGAGAAGGAAAACGAGCCCCAGCACAACACAGACUCGCAGCAGACUCCGGGCACCGGCUCCAGCCUCCAGGAAACGAAGCUACAGCGUUUCAAGCGCUCACUCUCGCUCAAAACCAUCCUGAGGAGCAAAAGUGUUGAGAAUUUUUUCCUGCGCUCCAACAGUGAGUUCAAACUCCCUUCUGAUGUCCUGCUCAGCCCCCCAGAUUCUGUACCACCCCCAUCCCCACCACCAGCUCCCACGGAGGUGGACCAUUCUCCAAGGGCAACUCCCAGACUCCUGGCACCCCUCAAGCCCAUGAAAACGCACAGCUUCCAGGAACACGUCUUCAAGAAACACAGCCCGUGUGAACUCUGCCAUCAGAACAUUGUAGGAAAUUCGAAGCAAGGCCUGCGGUGCAAGACGUGCAAAGUCAGCGUGCACUUGUGGUGUUCAGAAGAAGUUUCGCAUCAGCAGUGUUCAGGCAAAACACAGGCAACCUCCUUCCGGCGCAAUCUCAGCUCCCCGAUGCUGGUACAUGAGCCACAUCAACAGCCAGGGACUAUCAAGGAGUCUCCCCCAGCAGCAGGUCCCAGUGGAAAAGUGGAUCCUAUUUACGAGACCUUGCGCUAUGGAACAUCGCUGGCCCACUUCAAUCGUUCUAGUUUCAGCAGCACCUCUGAAUCCCCCACCAGGAGUCUGAAUGAGAAAGAUGAUGUGACUGAGGACACAGAAGUGGGCGGGCAGAUGACUGAGGAAAAUCAGACUGAUAAUGUUUUCGCCAUGCCAGCAGACAGCGAGGGCACCACAUCGGAGGAAAAGAGCCCAGGGCAGCAGGCAGCUCGGGGCUCUACUCGCAAGGAGAUCGCCCCCAUGUACUCCUACGUCGCUCUCUACAAGUUUCUGCCUCAGGAGAACAAUGAUCUACCCCUGAAGCCUGGAGAUCGAAUCAUGCUGGUAGAUGACUCCAACGAGGAUUGGUGGAAGGGAAAGAUGGGUGACCGCUUGGGCUUCUUCCCGGCCAAUUUUGUACAACGGGUUCGUCCAGGUGAGACGGUAUGGAGGUGCUGCAAGACUUUCUUUGGCAGCAAGGAGCAGGGGCAGCUAAGCCUGAAGGAAAACCAGAUCUGUGUUGGUGUGGGAAAGACCAAGGAGAGUGAGGGCUUCAUCAAGGUGACGAGUGGUAAAAAACGAGGGCUGGUUCCGGCUGAUGUACUAACAGAGAUCUGAAGAUGGAACAAAGGAGCAAAGCAUGCUGGGAAAACAAGAGCUGUUAAAUGCGGGGAAAGAGCCUCCCUCUUAGCCCUGCCUUAUUGUAGCCUGUCCCAUACCUGAGCACCUGGCUAAUCACUAUUUCAUGGAAUCUUCUAGAAGCAUUGUGGAUGGCUUUGGGUUUGGGAGGGGAAGGAGACUGGAGGGAGGGGUCUGGCUCUAAUACCACUUUCUGUGGGCUCCUCCCCGUACCCCAUUGGACCUGGACAUGUGGUCACAUCCAAGCUAAUGUCUCCUGUCCCAUUCUCUGUAGAUUGGGCACAGAAAUGUUUUUUGUAAAAGAGGCACUGACUGCCCUGAGGCUUAAAGCACGAGGGAGAUUUUCACAGCUGUC